AUGCGAACUUUUCCUAGUAGAAACAGCAUAAAAAAAGAAAAUUUCUACGAAUUAGAACACAAAUCAACUAGUCAGUUUACGGCUAACAUUAUUCUCGAAGACAUUAUGGUGUGGUCCUCCGAUUCCCCGACAGAGAAAGUAUUGAGCUCUAUUGCGGGAAAGUUAAUCGAUAUUCAUGCUAAUCUUUGGGAAAAAAUUAUUUAUCUUAUAAAAAGAAACACGCGGUUACAAGAAUUGGUGUUAUCAGUUUCGGACGUUGACCAAAACGUUAAUCGUGAAAUCGUGUCGUUACUUGUCGAAAAUCCACCGGUCGACUUGAAAUCGAUUAAAACCGAACAAAAAAUGUUACUCCUGGAAGUUAUGUCAAAUCUCGAAACACUAUUGAAUCGAUUCGUUAAAAAACACUCAGAUACAAUAAUCAGUCGUAAUAAAAGUCAUUUGUUGAACUUGGAAGGAGAUGGAUUACACGAGAAUACUAAAUGGUUUUUAAAACACCACAAUAAAACAACAAGACAAAUAAAAAAACUUGAAAAAAAGUUGAUCAUAGUAAACGAACAGCUGAAAAUAAUCGAUAAAGAAAAGGGAGAUCUUUUGGACAUUAUACAAAAAAGUCAAUACACAUCGCAAAUCGACGUUGUACUUUUGAAAUUACAAAAAGAAAAAGAAAAAUCUGCUCAUUUGCAAUCUAUUGUUGACGAUAUGUAUUUAUCCAGUGCAAACAAUCGAAAACAUAAAUAAUUAUCAAAUAUCAACAUUUGAUAAAUUUUAUAUAAAAACAUUAGGAGAAAUUAUUUUUAAUCGA